GGGCGCCGAACGAGAGCGCUGUGGGAGGCGGCCUGCGCGGCGCCGCCCGCCAUGGCAGCGGCGGGCUGAGCUCUGCCCUGGGCCGCAGUCGCGGACUCAGGCUUCUCCGCCGCGAACCAGGGGCUGAGGCCGUAGCAGCGGUAGCCGCCCGCUUGUCGUCGCCGCCCAUGGCGAGGCCCCGCCGCCGCCGUCGCUGCUGACCCGGGGCCGGCGCGGCUUCCGUCCUCCGCGGGGCGCGGGCGGCCUGCCUUUGCGCCCGCGACCGCGACCGCGCCCGCGCCCCGGGGCUACCUGCCGGGCGCUCGACGAUGGGGAACACAACCUCGUGCUGCGUGUCGUCCAGCCCCAAGCUCAGGAGGAAUGCGCACUCGCGGCUGGAGUCCUACCGGCCCGACACGGACCUCAGCCGUGAAGACACGGGCUGCAACCUGCAGCACAUCAGCGACAGGGAAAACAUCGACGAUUUGAAUAUGGAAUUCAAUCCUUCAGACCAUCCUCGGGCCAGCACAAUAUUCCUCAGCAAAUCUCAGACAGAUGUGAGAGAAAAACGCAAGAGUCUCUUCAUUAACCAUCAUCCUCCAGGCCAGACAUCAAGGAAGUACAGCUCCUGUUCCACCAUCUUCCUAGAUGACAGCACAGUCAGUCAGCCAAACCUCAAGUACACCAUCAAAUGUGUAGCUCUUGCAAUAUAUUACCACAUCAAAAACAGGGACCCAGAUGGAAGGAUGCUCUUAGAUAUUUUUGAUGAAAACCUCCACCCUCUUUCGAAAUCCGAAGUGCCACCAGAUUAUGACAAACACAACCCAGAGCAGAAGCAGAUUUACCGGUUCGUUCGGACACUGUUCAGUGCUGCUCAGCUGACAGCUGAAUGUGCCAUUGUCACCCUGGUAUACCUUGAAAGGCUCUUGACGUAUGCGGAGAUCGACAUCUGUCCAGCCAACUGGAAGCGCAUUGUUCUAGGGGCAAUCCUGCUGGCCUCUAAGGUGUGGGAUGACCAGGCUGUGUGGAAUGUAGAUUACUGCCAGAUCCUGAAAGACAUCACAGUGGAGGACAUGAAUGAGCUGGAGCGACAGUUCCUAGAGCUCCUACAGUUCAACAUCAAUGUUCCCUCCAGCGUGUAUGCCAAGUAUUAUUUUGAUCUUCGUUCUCUGGCAGAAGCAAACAACCUGAGCUUUCCCCUGGAGCCCCUAAGCAGGGAGCGUGCCCACAAGCUUGAGGCCAUCUCUCGUCUCUGUGAGGACAAGUACAAGGACCUGAGAAAACCCACCAGGAAGCGGUCAGCAAGUGCUGACAACCUGAUUCUGCCACGGUGGUCCCCCGCCAUCAUCUCCUAACUGGGACACCCUUCUGAGGUUAUGCCAUCCCUCGGUUUCUCCUCUUGUUUGAGUAAAGAUGAACUUGGGGUGGUUUGUUCUGUUCUUUUUUCCCCCUUCUGUUUGAACACAGCCCCGUCAAGGCUGCCUUCACGCCUGCCUCCACACUGCAUUCUGCACACUAAGAGGCUUUAGGGGAUGUGAAAUUCUGGCACCCGGUAUCGAGCUUUCCCGGCCGUCAUGAACAGCACUUCUUUCAUGGAGGAAAAAGACUCUAAUCCUGGAGAGGAAAUGAAGGAAAGGGAAGUUGUAUUGAGGCAGAGAGUACUUGGUAGCUUGACUGUUUCUGGGUCCCUGUCUGGUCAUAAAUACCAGAUGGAGCCAGAGGUAGGUAGCAGAGUUGAGUGCACAUCCGAGUCAGGAGUGCCAUACUGUGCCCUUGGAAUCGGUAUGCUCUGUAAGACUCCCUGCACUCCUUCUUGCUGCUUUCUUGGAAUUGGGGUGGGGAGUUGUUUGUUCAUUUUUAUUCUGGUUUGGUUUUGAUCCCACAGAGCAGAGAAUAUAGUUUGUACCCACCAUGGCACAGACAUCCAAAUAAAUAGUACUGAUUUGUUUAUCUCUGCA